AUGUACAUGGAUAAACGCUGCAUGUGCUACCGGAAGCCCCUGCUCGAGUCUGGCACUAUGGGAACCAAGGGCAACGUACAGGCCGUAAAGCCCGACCUGAUCGAGUCGUACUCGUCAUCCCACGACCCACCAGAAAAAUCGAUACCAGUCUGCACCAUCAAGCAUUUUCCCAACAUCGAGCACACACUGCAGCGGGUCCGAGAUGAGUUUGAGGGUCUCUUCAAGCAGGCGGCCGCGAACGCUGUCCAGUACCUGACUGACCCUGAGUUUUUGCCCAACAUGACUCAAAGGCUACAACCCAACCAGCAAGUGGUGAUGCUGGAGGAAAUGAAGAAAAUUCUCGUCGACGAGAGAGCGACCGUCUUCGCCCGACUGCGGUUUCAGGAACAGUACAACACCGAGAUACGACAGCUGCUCCGCAAAUAA